UCAAUGUUUCAGUGCCUCACUUCACCUACUCUUUCAUCACUUCACAAUCCGUCAUGGACUUUCUUCGUUUUGCAGUUUUAGCUUUGUUAUGUCUCGCUGUUGCUCGGAGUGAUGCGACGUCGUCUCGCUCAGCUGAAGAAUAUUGGCAUUCAAUUUGGCCGGACGCUCCCAUGCCAAAGAAUCUAGAGUAUCUUCUGGGAUCUGGUGUGAACGAUGAAGAAAUUAAAGAGACUCAAUAUCCCUAUACCAGCUUCUUCGAAGACGACCUUCAUGCAGGUAAACAAAUGAACAUGAUAUUCAAUAACCCUUAUGCUCCAGGGGAACAAGAAAGUAAUACUAAGAAAAAAUAUCAAGAGAGCUCAACUUCUACCCAACCUUGGGGCAUUGGUAUAUGGGAAAAAAAUAGUUUGGGUGAAAACAUAGAGAUGUCAACAUCUCCUCAACCUUGGGGUAUCGGAAUAUGGAAAAAAAACAAUAUGGAUGAAAAACCCAAAAUGCCCACUUCUCCUCAACCUUGGGGUAUUGGUGUAUGGAAAAAAAAUAAUCUAGUUGAAAACCCAGAUAUGUCAACCUCUCCUCAACCUUGGGGCAUUGGUAUAUGGAAAAGAAACACUUUAGAAGAAAACCCAAUGAUGCCAACCUCUCCUCAACCUUGGGGUAUCGGUGUAUGGAAAAGAAACAAUCUGGAUGAAAACCUAGAUAUGUCAACCUCUCCUCAAUCUUGGGGUGUUGGUAUAUGGAAAAGAGACACUUUGGAAGAAAACCCAAGGAUGGCAACCUCUCGUCAACCUUGGGGUAUCGGUGCAUGGAAAAGAAACAAUCUGGACACAAAUCCAAACAUGCAAACCUCUCUUCAGCCUUGGGGUAUUGAUGUAUGGAAAAGAAACAAUUUGGAUGAAAACCCAGAUAUGUCCACCUCUCCUCAGCCUUGGGGCAUUGGUAUAUGGAAAAGAGACACUUUAGAAGAAAAACCAAGCAUGCCAACCUCUCCUCAACCUUGGGGUAUCAGUGUAUGGAAAAGAAACAAUCUAGAUGUAAAUCAAGAAAAGUCAACCUCUUCUCAACCUUGGGGUGUCAGUGGAUGGAAGAGAAACAAUCUGGAUGCACAUCAAGAAAAGUCAACCUCUCCUCAACCUUGGGGUGUUGGUAUAUGGAAAAGAAACAAUCUGGAUGCAAAUCAAGAGAAGUCAACUUCUCCUCAACCUUGGGGUAUUGGUGCAUGGAAAAGAAAUAAAUUGAUUGAAAACUCAGAAAAGUCAGCAUCUGGUCAACCAUGGGGUGUUAGUUCAUUGAAAAGAAAUGCAGUAGGAAAUAAGCCAACUGAGAAGCUAGCAUCUACUCAACCUUGAACUGUGGCUUUGGGGAGAAAAAUUCAAUAAGUCUUCCUCCUAAUUAAUCAAACUAGAUAGCCGCUAGGCUAGUCUCUAUGGGUUAUGAGUUUUAAAUAAAAGCACCACUCUAUUAACACUUUGUGUUCUAAUAUUAUUGCGUGUGCUACAUGAAACUUCAUUCUGUGUUAUGUAUUAGUUGUGCCUUGUUUCUUUGUU